AGGUAACAAAAUGUCGAGCUCAACGAUGGAAGCCACGCAGCAGAAGGUAAAAAGUGCCGUUGACGCGAUGAUCGAUGAAAUGGAUCGUAAUUAUCUACGUGAUAUGCAGAAGCAGAUGUUUCUUUGCUCGGCAAAAUGUUGCGAACAUAAGACAAGCAGUCGUGAAGCGGUAGAAAACUGCGUGGAACAGUGUAAUAGUGGUAUGAAAACCGCUCAGAAAACACUAGAAAGAGAGCUCGGCGGCCUUCAGGAUCAACUCUCACGUUGUGCUAUGACAUGCUAUGACAAAUUGGUACAAAAAUAUGGUCCAGAUGCUAGUAAAUACACAGAAACACAGAUGUUGCAAUUUAAUGAUAGCCUCGACAAAUGUGUAGCUCAAUGCGACAAUGAUCGUCUUCCAAUUGCUGCUACUAUUGUCCUUGGUGGACAGUAUUUGGUGCCUAGCCAAAAAGGUUCCGCUGCAGUUUGGGCGAUUCAACGAGGUGCCAACUUGACAGUUCUACUACAGGACAAUGAAAUGCUCAAUGUGGUGAACUUUCUUGAAGAAGGUGUUUUCAAAAAUUCCACCACAUUCCGAGUUGGAGACGGCACUGUCGAAUGCUCGCUUGGGGACUUCAACGGUGAUACGAAACUGGAUGUACUUGUAUCAAUGAAAAAGCGUAAUGAGUACCACCACUCGGUCUGGAUCUCCACUCCGCUUCGCGAUUCUUUUGUGGAGCAUAAACUCGAAGUACUUUCCUCGCAGGCAAUGGCUAUUGAUGUUGACGGGAAUGGCUGGCAUGAUGUGUUAGGGUUUUACCCGAAUGGAUCGAUGUACUGCAUGACAUUCAGCCGCGAUGGAAGUCCUGCAUUUGACUGCAAUUAUCUGUUCUUGGGUUUCGUGCGAAUAGAUCCUUAUCCAGGAGUGCCACAUCUAUUCGCUGACUUCACAGGGGAUCAUCUGUCCGAGAUCGUGUUUAUGGAUACCGCGACAACCAGUAGCGGGAAGCUUUUGUCACCGAGAAUGUGGGGUCGAUUCAAGAAUGGUUGGCGUGAAACACCAACGCUUAUAAGUCAAAUUCCUGGAGAACACCAGUAUGUUGGUGCUCCACUUGCGGCUGAUUUUGACGCUGACGGAAUAAUUGAGCUUCUAGUGCCGAUUUGUAGAAAGGCUGACUGCAAACAGGUGACCGAAUUCGCCAACUGGCAAUAUACUCGCGGCUGGUCGACGAAUGCUUUUGAUCUUCAGAACUUCAACAUUUUAUCUGAUGAAGAUUCGUUGAUGCUCUUCCGAGUAGGAGACUUUUCGCUUGAUGGAUAUCCCGAUCUUCUUGCUGUUCUUGUGGAGAAGCAAAGCUUGGGGCAGAUAAAGGUUAUCGACAACGUUCCUUGUACAAAUUGCGAUAAGAAUGGAACUAGGAGGUUCGAAAUCAACAAGAGCGUCUUCAUUCAACCAAAGGAGGUAGCGCUAGGAGAGAUCAAGAUGGCGUCGUUCUUCGAUCUGAAGGAGGAUGGAAGCCUGGACAUUCUUAUCGAAUACAAGCCGUUUGAAGGGGACACUAAGUUUAGCUUUAUUUAUUGUGAUGACAAAGGUGAUGUUACUUUCCUCAAAGUGCAAGUCUUCACAAAUGUUUGCGGCAAGCAUUGUGACCCGUCUUCAAAGGAACUGGGGUCCGGUGUUAGUUGGAGCGGUGCAUGCGCUAGCUUCAGUAUGUCCGACGGCUGGGGUGGCUCUUUGAAAGGCGCUUCAUGCCAACUUCCCGCCUCGACUCAUCGAGCCCUGGCUGCGCCUUAUGUGUUGUUUGGACUGGGCCGAAGUCCCAACUUUGUUGAUGAGUUGACUAUCGGUGCGCCACGUUAUUCUGAUGGCUUAGCAGUCCGUCAGCACACGCUGAAACAGAUCGUACCAAAUUCGAGGAUUGUUGUCAUUCCGCCGGAAGAAGGCACGCAUUGGUUGACGCGGUUGUAUGUAACUCCAUCGCAGCUGAUUUUGCAGAGCUUGGCUGUUAUUGCCUUGGUAUGUGCUAUGCUGUUAAUGGUUGUUGCCUUCCUUCACUACCGGGAAAAGAAAGAAGAUCGAGUGGAACGUCAGCAACAAUCCCAUCGUUUCCAUUUUGAUGCCAUGUAAAUGGAGGAAGUGAUAGCGCCCUUUGGUGCUUUUUUGCUAGAAGUCAUAACCAGUAAGCCGCGCUCUUGCUCAGUGCCCCCCCCCCCCCUCCCUUGUCGAAGGUGACAUUUUUUGUUUGUACAUGCGAACUAGCUUAAAAUAUAUUGGCACUACACCUGGCCCUGUCCUUCUGACUGUCUGGUCGUACUUGCAUAUAGAAUAUCUGCUAAUGGAUGCACACAUGGUUGCCUCAUCUUCUAUGUGAUUUCGAAUAUCGAUAACUUGUUUUAUUUUUCAUUAGCUCUGUCAAGUGCCUUCGGGUUUGUUUUGUUCCCAAGCUUUCUGACUUUUUGUAUUUUCUUGAUUUGAGUUGACCGAUGGUGAGCUUUUUCUUUUAUCAUUCAUUCUCGCUUAUUACUGUGAUAUGCUUAUGUAUACUACGUCAUCAUAUAACAUCCAUUUAGAGCAUAAAUAUUGUACAUAAUUUUGAA